UUUCAAUCACCUUCUUCCACAGAUAAAUUACCAGCUAAACCUCACCGUGUAGAUCCAGUCCCAAUCCCCAAUCCCAAUCCAAUCCCAAUCUCAAUCUCAAUCCCUUAGGUUUUCAGUCUAGAAUCUUCCCCAGUAACCCUAAUUUCUCAAUCGUAACUUCUCAAUCGAGUUUCAAUGGCCUCCGAGGAGCCUGCGGUGACAACCGAGAUCGUCCAGGAAGCCACCGCCAACGAUCCGAUGGUAGAGGAGAAACCGGCAGCCAACGCUGCGAAAACCAAGAAGGCGAAGGAUCCUAAACCUAAGAAGGCUUCUGCACCGAAGAAAAGAAGCGCUCCUUCUCAUCCACCUUAUGAAGAGAUGAUCAAGGACGCAAUUGUGACUCUGAAGGAGAAGACUGGCUCUAGUCAGUAUGCGAUAACGAAGUUUAUCGAAGAGAAGCAUAAGCAACUGCCACCUAACUUUAAGAAACUCUUGCUUUUUCACUUGAAGAAGCUUGUGGCGGCUGGAAAGCUUGUUAAAGUUAAAGGUUCGUUCAAGAUUCCGGCUGCUAAAUCAUCGGCUUCAAAGUCUGUUACUGCACCUUCUGCUCCGGCCAAAAAGAAGCCGGCGACUGCAGCCAAGUCUAAGACUAAGACUAAGACUGCUGCUAAGUCAAAGGAUGCAAAGGUGUCCAAGGCACCUGCUAAGACAACCACUAAGGCAGCGCCGGCGAAGGCACCGGCCAAAGCAAGGGCUGCUUCCAAGGCGAAGCCCAAGGCAGCAACGGCUGCCGCCAAGCCGAAGGCAGGAGCUGCUUCGAAGGCGAAAGCUGCUGCCGCUACUAAGCCUAAGGCUGCUGCCAAGCCGAAAGCUGCUGCUGCGGCUAAGACGAAGGCAGUAGCUAAACCGAAGCCGAAGGAGAAGCCGGCGAAGGUUGCGAGGACGUCUACAAGGACUUCUCCAGGGAAGAAGGCACCGGCGGCAGUAAAGCCGGCGGCGAAGAAGGCUCCAGCGACGAAGAAGACUCCUGCUAAAACCGUGAAGCCGAAGAGCGUGAAGUCUCCAGCGAAGAAGGCUGCACCAAAGAGAGGGAAGAAGUGAAGGAAGGAGCGGAGGAGCUUAGGCAGGCAGGAAAGACACAGUCACAGAAUAGUUGUUGUAGGGGUAGUUUUGUAAAUUGGGGGAAGUAUGUGGGUGUAUUUGGGUUCAUAGCAAUGCCCAUGGAAAAUAUGAAUCGGAUCUUUUAAUUUCUUUUUAUUUGUGAGAUGAUUUUAUAUUUUUUUUCCGAAAUUUCUUUUGGUCUUUAAUGGUUUCCUAGGGAUUGGAAACAGUUUUAGAUUGUAAUCUUCUGUUCAAUGGAUUAUGAAAUGAAUUAGCCCCUGAGCUUUUUCAGAAA